UGCAAUGCCAAAUAAUUAUAAACAAAUUAAGUAUAAAUACACAAAACAAUUUUGCAAAUAGUACAGUUUAAGAAAGUCUAGUCUAAAGAACUUAAUUAACAAACAAAUAAAAUGUAUAAAUACAUCCUUAUUGCUGCUUUGAUUGCCUUUGCCGCUGCUGAUAGUGAUGAUGCUCAUGCCGAAGUCACUAACUUGAAAUCAGAUGUAAGAGCUGAUGGUUUUGAUAGUGCUUUAGAUACCAGCAAUCAUAUCCAUCAAGCUGCUUCUGGUGAUGAACAUGGCAAUAUUCAUGGUGACUUCGAAUGGGUUUCUCCCGAAGGUCAACAUGUUGCUGUUAAAUAUGUGGCCGAUGAAAAUGGUUAUCAACCUUCUGGUGAUGUUGUACCAACUCCCCAUCCCAUUCCUGAAGCCAUCUUGAAGGCUAUUGCUUAUAAUGAAGCUCAUCCCUCAAAGGAAGAACAUCAUUAAAUUAAAAGUGUUAGUUUUGAAAUUCUAACAUUUGCUUCAAACUGCCAAUAAAUUGCACAGAAAAUCAAA